CACGCAAGCAAGUUCAGAGCAAAAAACGCAUCAGACCUCAAGCGGCGGUGAGGUGAGAACAGCGGCUUUAUUAGCUUUUUGAUCCGGAGACGGCAAUGACAGCGACGAUGAUGUUCGCGGGUGUGGACAUUGGCGCAACGGGCGUCAAAGUGGGCGUUGUAAAUUCUGAGGGCGCUGUGGUCGCGCGAGAGCAGAAGAACUAUCACCCAGAGAAGCAUGAGCCGCAGGACGUCGUGGAUCUGGCCAUCUCCGUGAUGCACAAUGUGCUCGAGACGACUCGGUUGGGAUUGGGAGACCUGGAAGCCGUCGGUGUGGGCUGUCCCGGUGUCCUGGAAGCUGGCGGAGUUAUCCACGCAGCUGCCAACUUUCCAUCCUGGUUAGAUGUGCCACUUCAGCAGUUGUUUACGAACACUCUGGGCAGACCGGUCACGGUGUGCAACGACGCUGACGCCGCUAUCUUAGCAGAGCAAUGGGUGGGCACGGCCAAGGGUGACAUCAAGGACUUUAUUAUGUUGACUCUUGGCACCGGUGUAGGCUUCGGUGUCGUUGCAAACGGCGAGCUUGUGCGAGGUGGAAGCAAUGCUAUUGAAGGGGGUCACAUGAUUGUUGAACGCAAUGGAAGACCGUGCGGCUGCUCGCAAAGAGGCUGUCUUGAAGCUUACAGCUCGGCAGGUGCACUGAUGUCGCAAGUUCAGGAACAUCUGCGUGCUGGCAGAGACUCGAGUCUGGCUAAGUAUUCGGAAGCAGACAUCAAUGCUGAAUUCGUUUUUAAGCAUGCCGCUGAAGGUGACGAAUUGUGCAAGCAUCUGGUCGAAGAAGCUGCCGAUUACUUGGGUUUUGCAUGCGUAACCUUUUGCCGAAUGUUGGAUCCUGAGAUUAUCGUGCUGUCAGGAGGCAUUGCUGAAGCCGGAGAGGCUUACAUCGACAAGAUUCGGCGAGCUUACACGAAGCACACGUGGACCAAAUUUCCCAACCCUGUUCGCAUUGAGAAGGCAAGUGCGGGGUACGAUUCCGGUAUCAUUGGUGCCGUUGCAGUAUGCAAAAAACAGCGCAAGGGGCAAUAAGUUACUUCGUACUUCGAAGUACGUGUUUUAUCAUGAACAACAGAUGAGUAGAUGAUGACUAGGUACUUUUAAAGGAACAUUUACUGGUACUAUGAAUACUAUCAUGGAUCAAUAUCGUUAAAAACAAAA